AUGCACCCCUUCUCGGCGGUUCCCGGAUUCUGUAAAGAACAGGGUUGUGAAGAAGGUUACACCGGCGGAAGAUGUGACAAAGAGAUACGCGAUGAGAGCGAGGCUGAUCUUUAUGUAGGGAUCAUCGCAGCGAGUGUGAUAGCAUGUAUCAUCGUUCUGGCUAUCCUUCUAGGAACCUGUAUCAACCUCUUCAAUAAGAGACGCAUUAGAACUGGAAGAUCUGAAGAGCUGUUCGGCAUCGAGAACGUGGUAGCUUUAGAGCUGAUGGACGAGAAGUCGCAUCUGGGCGGCAUGGCAACCCAGACUGACGAGAGCUUCUUACUCGCCCGUUCGCACAAAGAUGGUGUCGCCCCCAAGGCCGGCCACGCCCACAAAAUCAUGCAGACUACCGACUCUUUCCUGUUGUCCAAGGCGCAGCUGCUAAGAGCACAUGGUGGUUCGGCGACACGCUACAGAGGGGCGGGGUCUCCAGUGGGCGUGGUCAGUGGGAACACACGCCGCCUGAGUGAUCGACCAUCGGAGAGUAAGAUGACUGGUGCCGAUGCCACGCCCAGCACCAGCGGUGCCGGAGCCAACGGUGUAGCGAGGAAGCCAUCAACCAAGAAAGAGCGGGCUCCAGCCCCUCCUCAACAAAGCCCCACCUCCAUCUCUCAACAUGAAGAAGCCACGCCCUCCACCAGUAAAGUCGAAGACCUUCCCAUUUCUUCAGAAGAAAGCGCGCCAAAGCUGGUGGAUCCUCAAGUCGAAAAAGACGAGGGAAACAUAGAGGUGCCUCCUCCCGAAAAGCCGAUAAAAUCGAUCGACGGUGACGAAGUGAUAUCGGAUGCUUAUUCCGGAAGGAAGAUACUCAAAGUUUAGCGGAAUCACUUUUCAUUUCUUGAUUGAUCUGAUUUGAAACUUUAUCCCGAGAACAUGGACAAUGAUGUACUAUUUUCAUGGUUGUAUUCUUCGCUGUACUAUGUAUGCCUCAGUCACACCGCCGAACCGGCUCCAGACCGACUCCGAACCGUCUUGUUUUUUGCCAUAGGAGUAAUGUAAUUUUAUGGGUCGGUCUUGUCGAUGUGACUCGGGUAUAAGCCUUCAUUCUUGUCCGUGAAACCGAUGAAUUCCGUGAAAGUCCGUCCGAAGACGAGCCAAAGUGUCCGACCUCUCCAGACGAUGAGGUGUAGCAGUACUCCCUCCCCCUUAAAUCCAGAACUGACAAACGCUUCUGUCAAAUUGCCAUUCCACCAUGCCAUGUCAUUUUAGGGGGUAUAUUAUAAUGAUGAGCACAGAUAGAAGUUUAAACAUGGAACACUCAAUAUGCUUCUGUAGAUACAUUUUGUAGGCAGGAGCGUGCUGCACGACUCUCGCCCGAACAUUGGCUUUCAUGUAUCGUUACGUGAGAGCGCGAAUCAAGCCCCCGCCUUGUAAACCUAUUUUAUUACUUCGAUGUUGUGUUUUUUCCAAGCGGAUUAUGUACCCGAUAGCUAACUUUACAAAACAUAGCAAUGUUACUUAUAUCACCUUUGACCUGUCGUCUUGUGUAUGGAAUGGUGUGAGAUCAUUAAGUUAUCAUAACUUAUGAAAGUAUUUUAAGAACUUAUUCCUUGAAGGCUUGAAUAAUUAUAGUUUAUGCUUGAAUAAAAACAUAUUCAGAUGCUGGACAUGUCAGUUCAUGAUUGCAUGUGGAUUUUAAGUCUUCCGGAUAUACCGUUCCUCUAAACUUUAUCCAAGUAUGCGAGUAUUAUCGUAAUCAGAAACCACACUUAAAUGAUACAAUUUUUAUUUUCCAAACCAUUUAUAUGUAUAAGUAUAUUGUAAUAGCCUAGUUUAUGAAGCUGUAGGUGUUAUAUCAUUUUCUAUUCAGCUAUUGUGUGUGUAAAAUUUGAUAUCGUUAUAUAUAGGCCUACGCAUGUUUUUUUUUUUCUAUCUAUGGCUGUCCAGUUAAUUUCAGUAAAUAGUAUUGUAUACAUCUAUACUAUUUAUUGUUUGUAGUUAAGCCUUUGUGUUUGUAGAUAAUGUAUCCCUUUGUAGAACCAUGUGCCAAAAUUAUGUAUUCAUUCAGUGUUAUCUUUCCAUAAUGAAACAUGUAUUUUUUAUACUUUUGAAAAUAUUGCUUGAACCUUGUCAAUAUUAUGCUUAUGUGUACAAGAUUGUUGUACUUUUUGUAAAUAAUUGAUAUGGAUUUUACAUUAAUCAUG